CUUUCGUGGGCUAAAGACGUGCACGCAGACACAACCCUACACAUCUCUCCCUCUCUCACCAACUCUUUCUCUUUACCCACUGCACCUACCCCCAAACAAUCCCUUUUAACAUCUCUCAUUCCUCUGCUCAUGAUUCUUUGUCUCUUCCUCUGAUUUCUCAAUCCUCUGUUUUCUCCGUCUCCUCUGUUUUUUUCACAUCAAUGGAAGCGUCAUUGUUGAUGAGAUCGUCUUGUUGCUCCUCUGCGAUUGGUGGGUUCUUCGACCAUCGACGUGAAUUAUCAACCUCAACACCCAUUUCCACUCUUCUUCCUCUUCCAUCAACCAAAUCUUCUUUCUCUGUUCGUUGUUCUCUUCCUCAGCCAUCAAAGCCACGCUCUGGAACCAGCUCUGUUCACGCCGUUAUGACACUCGCUGGAUCGUUGACAGGGAAGAAACGAGUGGAUGAGAGUGAGAGUUUGACUCUUGAAGGUAUUAGAAACUCUUUGAUCCGUCAAGAGGACAGCAUUAUAUUUGGGCUAUUGGAGAGAGCCAAGUACUGUUACAAUGCUGAUACUUAUGAUCCUACUGCUUUUGACAUGGAUGGUUUCAAUGGUUCUUUGGUUGAGUACAUGGUUAAAGGCACUGAGAAGCUUCACGCUAAGGUUGGUAGGUUUAAGAGUCCUGAUGAACAUCCUUUCUUCCCUGAUGAUCUACCAGAGCCUAUGUUGCCUCCUCUUCAGUACCCAAAGGUGUUGCAUUUUGCUGCUGAUUCGAUAAACAUAAACAAGAAGAUAUGGAACAUGUACUUCAGAGACCUUGUUCCAAGACUUGUGAAGAAAGGCGAUGAUGGUAACUACGGCUCAACAGCUGUCUGUGACGCUAUCUGCCUUCAGUGUCUCUCAAAGAGAAUCCAUUACGGUAAAUUUGUUGCAGAAGCUAAAUUUCAAGCCUCACCCGAAGCAUACGAGUCCGCCAUCAAAGCACAAGAUAAGGAUGCACUGAUGGAUAUGCUGACAUUCCCGACUGUGGAAGAUGCGAUAAAGAAGAGAGUUGAGAUGAAAACCCGAACAUACGGGCAAGAAGUGAAAGUUGGGAUGGAGGAGAAAGAAGAAGAAGAAGAAGAAGGGAAUGAAUCUCAUGUUUACAAAAUCAGUCCGAUCUUAGUUGGUGACUUAUAUGGAGAUUGGAUCAUGCCUUUAACAAAAGAGGUUCAAGUGGAGUACUUGCUCAGAAGACUGGACUGAGGCAACAACAAAAUAAACAAUAUGGCUUUGGUAGUAGAGUAGAAAGGUUUUUGAAUGUUCUUUGGUUUUUUUUUUUACUUUACAAUAUUUCUAAACGUUGUUACACUAUUAUUCCACUGUACAAAGCGUGCAUGGUCAGUGGUAUUGAAGAAGGGUAAUUAGCCGUUACUCAAACGGUGUCGUUUAUGUACAUACUCUCAAUUGUGGAAACCUGUAUAUGAGUUUUAGUCGCUCUUAUUUGUUUUGGAGAUGUAUUUUUUUGUGUGUUAGUGCCUGUAGAAUGAUAAUUGGCUGCUUAGUGUAGUGGUCACCACUGGUUAUAUGGAGUUUGACUCGUCUCACAUGGAGUCCGACUCCAUCCAUUGUAAAAGUGGAAAUGGGUCACUAGGAGAGAGCCUUCUCGUCAUCCUCCUGUGUUAACUUACAAGGAAAGAGCCUUCUAGUCAUCCUCCUGUGUAAAGGAGAGAACCUUUACGUAUUUUGUUCGGGUAUGUUAACCUUCUUCCUCUGCCUCAUUACCAAAAUUCCUUAUGUGAGGGCCAGAAGAGAUCUAUUUUUCCAUCCUCCUUUUCGAUGGGGAGAAUUUGCCCACCAUUAUUUUAGGUCUCUAUAUUGUGAUGUUGCUGAGUUGUAAUAUCAUACGCAAUUGUAUUAGCAAUCUUGUUUUAGUGGAAUUGUUUCUAGUCUAGGUCCUGAGGAUGUAGGUUGUUACCAAACCCCGUUAACAAAUCUCUGCUUUUAUG